AUGGCAACAGCGUCGAGCUCGAGAGCUCUUAUGGACGGAACCAUUAUGCGUCGGGAGGACGAAUCGGCGGCAGAAGUGGAUGGAUUAUUUGUUUUAUCCAAACUUUUGAACGCAAAUCUGCAAGCCAAAAUUUUCACUGACCAAGUCAUACACCAGCGAGACUCGGUGCUUGCUUUGCUAGGCGACAUGGGCUUUGGCACAGCUGGGCAACCAACUUUGACUGACCCUGUUCUGGACACGGACCUCUGGCCCGAAUCUCAGAUCACGUUGAUCUUGAAAUGCCUGUCAGAAGCUGCAUCAUUUCUGUUACCCAGUCAUCUGACCUGUCAGACACAGACGGAAGCAAGGAACAAUUGCCUUCAGGAUAUUGGAACCCUUUUCCCUCCACAAGAAUCUAAAGAAGGAAUUGCAGACAUUGCACACAGUAGAUGUGCAGUGCUCUCUCGCUCGUUAACCUCUAUGCUCGGUAAAGAUGCAGAGUCCUGGGCUGCUGAAGACCUUCAUCCAAAGCUGCCUAGUCACCCUACGCCAGUGCAAUUGGAGGCAGAGCUUCACAUGUUCAAUGGCAUAUGCCGGAUUAUUGAAAUAAUCCGGAAUGUCCUAGCUCAACCCAAUAUGACUAAGAUUACAGCACUCCAAAAGGUCAAGGCUUUGCGUUUACUGGAAGCUCUGAGCGUGAAACUCAUGGUAUCCCACUGUGAACAAGUGUCAACAUAUAUGGCAAAAGUCACCCCAUCAGAAGCGCUCACUGCUUGA